AUGGCAACCAAAGCAGUGACUAAAAUUGUUCGAAAAACCAAGGCUAUUGUGGACAAUGUUGUUCAUCCCCCGUACCUAAAAAUAACGAUCCCUGCUCAGCAAGCCAAGCCUGCCCCUCCACUUGGUCCGCAGCUAGGCAAACGAAACAUAAACAUCGCUAAUUUCUGCAAGGAUUUCAACGAACGCACGAAGGAUAUUAAGGAGGGCACACCGAUUCCCUGUGUAAUAACUGUGAAGCCCGAUCGAUCGUACAUCCUGGAGACAAGUCAUCCUGCCGCAGUUUAUUUGCUUCGUCUAGCCGCGGCAGCUAAGAAAGGUGCAUCCGAACCAGGUAAAGAAACAUGCGGUCGUCUCACAUUGAAGCAUAUCUAUCACAUCGCCCAGUUAAAGAAACAAGAUAUGGCUUUUGAAUCGCAAGAUCUGAAAACGAUUUGCACCAUGCUGAUUGGUACCGCUCAUCGACUGGGAAUUGAAAUAUUGUCGAAAGAAGCUCUAGACAAAGGGUUAGUUGAUCAUAGUCCCGCGGGAUAUGCGCAAUUUAUGCGUGACCGGGAGCUCUACUUGGAACGAAAAAAGAAAGAAGUGGAAGAGAAAAAGCAAGCAAAAAUGAUGCGCACCGGAUGA